AUGCAAACCGACACCUUGACCGACAAGAUUCUUGCCACACUAAAAGAGCGUGACCUCCUAGCUAAGCGCGAUGUGAUCGAGUCUUGCCUGAAGGAUCCAGCUACGGGCGAGAAAACCGAAGAUUGGGUUUCCAAACACCUCAACCCCAGCACUCUGCUCUCGAAGGAGGAGCUCGUCUUAUAUAAUAAACUCGAGACCUCCGGUGCCCUCCAAUCUAUCCUCCACGAUCCCCAACUCGGUUCGACACGACCUGUCCUAGAAGACGAUCUCCGGUCGGCUAUAGAAUCCCUCGAAGCCUCGACGGCGGCGAUUCAGAAACAGACUGAGACACUAUCGUUUCAGUGCGAAACUCUUAAGAUACAACUGCGCCAGCAAGAUAAAUGGGAACAAGACCGAAACCGGGAGAUUGCGUGUCUGCGGAAGAAGCAUGAAGCUGGCAGGCAGACCACGACUCUUGCAGCCAACGAUCUUUCAGAUGAACUCGAGGCUAGCUUCAGGAGUGCGACAGAGAAGACGGCAGCUCAAAAUAAGCAGGUUCUCUUCUCGCUGUCUAGCCGACUGAAGCAAGACGACAAAGUUCUCGAUGAACUCGAGACACUUAUAUCCGGGGUGAAGUCCAACGGCACUGAUGCAAGUACGGUCAAGCGAGCGAGUCAGCUCAGCGCUAUCCUGGCCGACUACAACGCCGAAGAAAUUCACCACCGUCUUGACCGACUCUACCUCGAAACCAUCCUGUCAGGGCCAUCAAAAGCCAGCCAGACCAGUACGGAAGAUGAGAAUAUAGCAGCGCUACAAGAAGAGCUCGAGUCUCUUUACCCGGAGAUUGAGAUACUUGCAGAAAUGUCCACGAAGCAGCAAUUCCACGAGCCUAUCCUCCGGGAAAUUCACAACCAGCACAGCCAGCUCCGGGCAGCGUCCGAGGAAAAGCUAGAACGAGCCCUCGACGUGCUCAUCGACAUGACCACUUCCAAGCAAACCCUCACACAACACCUCCACGAACGAGAGUCAUCCUGUGAACUCCUAGAACAACUAGCAACCCUCUACCAAACCGAAGUAGGCAACCCGCUAGUUACUCAGCCACCCUCCCGUCGCGAAUCUCUCCGACGCCGCUCCAUGCAAGCAGGCCUCCUCCUUCCUGCCCCACGUACUAAUCCCACGCCGUUACCGGAACAACCCGCCUUAGAGAGCCUCCUCCGCCGCAUCGGAGUCUCACCCGAAUCAGUUAUCCGCCCACGUGCAGAGGACGGCGGAGCCCAAGGUCUACAUGAGAAACGAGUCCAGCAAUCCGAGACUCUGCGGGCACUGGGGAUGGCCGUUGACGCGCCGCUGUUUACUCAAUUAGCUCCGGCGGAUAGUGCGCUACAUCUUCUUGCGUCGGGAUUACAUGCGAACUCACAUUAUGAAGUGUCACUGCGUGAUCCGGAGUUGGACAAAGCACUGGCUGGAUUGGAGAGUGAGCUUAGCGAGUUGCAGAAGGGUGUGCGGGGUCUUGAUCUGGAUGUUUUGCAUCAGCGGGAUAAGACCAGAGAUUGGUUUCUUGAGAGAUGGAGCUGA